AUGUCACCUAACGUUGUAAUCGUGGUGGUCCUAGCCGCCAUGGUCUUCUUCAUCGCAGUGGUGGUCUGUCUCUGCACUCUCUGGUGGCGACAUAGCCUCCGCGCCGGCUACCACAACGACCGCUUCCAGCGAUCUCGGACGGGCCAACGCGAAACGACCGUCAAGAAGACAGAGCUCGCAGAGCGAGGCGCAAAGAGAAACUGGAAAGAAGGCGGAAGAACGCCGGCUCAACCCAGCAGACAGAAGACUCCUGCACCUCCACGGCGACCACCACCACCUCCAACUCCACCUCCGCCACCCCGACCUCUCCCACCCGCUCACGGUGGUAAUUCAAUCCGUCAUGACAAUCAGCCGUCGAGGCAGGAGUGGCCUUCUGUACCUCCGGCACGUAGCAACAAACCCCCAACGCCGGAGGAAUGGGGCCCUGCACCUCCAUCCCGUGGUAGCAAGCGUACUCCCGGUAAACAUGGGACGCCUGCUGCUCCGACUCCGGCUGCUAAAGUACCGACUAAGCCUCCGUCGCGGGACGAGUGGGAGGCUGAACCUCAAGCUCAACCUCCUAGUAAGGCGGCUUCAGAUAAGGAAUGGGCACUACCGCCCGAUCCGCCAUUUGUUGCGUCUGGAGGUGUCAAGCGCGGUUCAAAGAAGAGCUGGCAAGCUGAGAGCAAGCCUGCAUCUAAUAGAGGGGGCGCCUAUGAUACGCAAGGUUUCCAGCAGCAGCAUGGAGGAGUGGAUCCUGAUGCGUUGACGGCGGCAUUGCAGCAGGCGAAUGAGGAGACACACGAGGAGCCUGCAGAACCAGAGGGUGGAUGGUAG